AAAGUACUAACAAAGAACAAAUAAAUAAAAUCAAAGAGAUCAAAUUAAGUGACAGUGAGUUACUACAAAAAAUUAGCAUGCAUAUGAAGAAUGUUGAAAAUUUCAUACGAAAUAAAGAUGCAUAUGACAAGCUUCUUAAUCCUAAUGAUUUUAUUAUUGAUGAAGAAACACAAGCUCGUGGCAGAUCAGAUAGGCUUGAUCUUCAAGUUGGAAUUUUGAAAACUAUUAAUGGAUCACAAGAUAUUAUUCAAUACAUCGGCCUUGUUACAAUUAAUUCUCAGCAAUUUCUCGUUACUGAAUGGGCUGAAUAUGGAACACUGCGCGAAUAUUAUGAAAUGAAAAGCCCUGAUAUCACUAUCAGAGCGAGACUUGCUUUGGAAAUUGCACGUGGAUUAAAUUACCUUAAUGCGUAUAAAAUAUUUCAUCACGAUGUUCGAAGUGAAAAUGUAUUAGUUGAUUAUCUUGAAAUUGCAAAAAUUACAAAUUUCGAAUGGAGUCGUGAUUUCAAAGAACCUUCCUUCAUGGAAAUCAUUCGAUACAUGGCUCCUGAAAAGAUUAAAGAUAACAAGAUACUAUAUAAUUCAAAAUACGAAGUAGCGAUGAAUCUAAAAUUUUCAAAUCAUGAUGUACCAAAACAAUGGAAAAGUCUUGUCUAUGAGACUACUCAAUACAGAGCCAGAGACCGUCCAGAAAUGAAUGAAAUACUUUGGAAAAUUAGAAUCAUAAAUAGAUCGAUUAAAACAACCGUUCUCAAUGCGUCAGAAUCAGAUAGUGAUCUACCGAUGUUAUCAUUUGAAGAAGCAGUUGAGCUUACAAAUCUUAAAAGUAGUUCUAAAGAUUCUAAAGAAAGAGCUUGGAAAACAAUUGCUAAAUAUUCAGAAAGGGAUAAUGAUUUUACUGAAAAAUAUUGGAAAGGAAAUUAUCUUUUUCAUAAAUUAAUUAACUUUCCAUACUCUGAUGAUGAAAGAAUGCAGCUUGCUGCUGAUGCAUUUAAAGAAGCUGCUGAUGCAUUUAAAGAAGCUGCUGAUGGUGCAAAUAUUCUGGAUGCACAAUCUACGUACGCUUCAUGCAUUUAUAAAAAAGAUCCAUACACGGCGAUAAAAAAAGCAGCUGAACAAAAUUAUACAGUUGCGAUGCAUAAUUUAGUAUUGUUAUAUUAUAAUGGUAAGUACGUUGAUGCCGACAAAAAGAAAGGAGAAUAUUGGCUUAGAAGAGCUGUAGAUGGUAAUUUGGAAGCUUCCAUUAAUUUUUGCACAAAAAAUGGGAUUACUUUAUAA